AUGGGGGGAAGGAUCCAGGUAAUUAGAGUUCUGGAAACAUCCCUAAGAGCUGAUCAAAUAGGCAAACAAGCAUGAAAAGCAGUGCCGGUUUGAGGUGCUUAUAAAUAUCCCACUGUAGACGCACACAGCAAAAUGAAAGUGCCCAUUAGCAUCCAGUAUCCAGUUUUAUCCCAGCAAGGGAAUCCUCACACUGUAGCAGUCCCACUGGGAGAAGCAGUCGAAGGGCACAGCGUCCUGCUUAUAAGGGCUGCCUGCCAACCUUUUGCAAGAAUGUGUGUCUCCCUAUUUUCCUCUACAAUAAAAUAAUAAUUUGGCAGAGCCGGGGAAGGAGAUAGUAAAUCAAUACCAGAUUGCAGACCUCGCUGGGAAACUCAGCCUAUUUGUCAAAGCGUGUCAGCUUGCUAUGUGAACUGAACCCGGUUCGAAGCUUCUGUACUUGCUACAUGCUUGGCUUUAGGAAAUGGAGAAAAAGCUCAGCACUGUGUGGUGCUCACAACAGGUUUAGCAAUCAUGGUAAUGUGCUUUUGAAAAGUAAAUGCUGGUUGGGGUGCAGAGUUUGUUAUCAAGAUUUCAGCACAUGGGUAGGGGAGACUUAGGCCUCCCUUCACUGAUCACAGUCUCUGUGAACUCCUCCUUAUUCCCUGUCCAUGUGACAACUGGCAUUAGGAGAAAGUUCCCAUUGGCAGUAAUCACAGAGUAUUACAUUGCCAACUUGAUGGCAGUCCCCUUGCCUCAUGCCAUGUGUUUAAUGGAUUAAUUGCUAAUCACACUGUUAAUGGCGCAUGUAGUCAGGCUCCAAAUUCAUGGUGUUGAAGGAGGAACAAUGUCAUUAUUUGUCUAAAUGGGUGCCAUUCUACUAGUCUUACACUCAGUAAGCAAUGUGUGGUAGGAAGGAAUCAGUGGCAAGUAGAGUAGAACCUGGGAAAGACUGGGUGAGUAAGCAGCCACAAUGGUUAUAUGAGACUGUGGGGCACUGAGGCCCUUGCAGGUGGUGUUUCCGUGCCAGCAGGAAAAGGAGGAAGAGGAACAAAUUGAGCCUUGUCGACUCAGCAAAAUAGAGUGGAAUACUAAAGAAAUGACUGGGUUCUAUUUUCAGCCCUUAUGUGAUGAGCAGUUGAUCAUGUUACUUGUAUGAUGCCAUGAACUUUUUUCUUCUUCCAAAAAAUCCAAAUCAAUCAGAAUGUCUCCGGAAAAGCCUUUCUAGAAGUUUAUCCAUGAACACCCCAUACAAAUAUUGUCUAGCUGCAAUCAUGACUAUAACCCCCUGAUGAUGCCACAAUCUACUUAACAAAGUUUUUCCAGUUUGUCCCCACCCAGAGAUACUUCAAACUGUAGCAAUGAGCCACAAAUAAAGAAUAUGGGGUUUGUUUUGUUUAGAGUUUGUUUGGUCUUUGCUUUGUCUCAUUUGUAGCGGUUGGACCAGUUUUCUUUCCCCAAACCAGCAACUAGGCUCACUGUGAGGAGGUUUGAGAACCCUGAGCAUUAGAGAAUGUUUUCAAACUCAGUUCCUCCAAGAUGAAAAAUGUAGGCUGUACAGGGCGACUGCAACAGACACAUGCACUCUCAAUCUCGCUUUUUCCCCUCACAGCAUUAAAUUUCUCCUUAUCUAAAUGUUUUAUAGCAAACAUUACAAAUACUACUUUACUUCCAUUUUGCCCUGAUGCCGUUUGGCUGCUCUUAGUGGAGUUGUUCGGCAUUUGCCUCCUGGCGUCCAAGAUCAGAAGCAGGCCUGAGGCUGUUAUUUAUUGCCUGGCUUUUGCUUUCGAUAAGAAAUAUUCUUUCACAUGCCACUUUCCUUUUACAGAAGCGCCCUGUGUCUGGUGUUCAAAUUAUGCUUUCCAAGUUCAACUGUGCGUCUAAUUGUUUCUGGCUUCUUGAAAAGUACUCUGGGGUAGUAGACAAGCCGUCAGCAUGUGGGGAAAAUGACCAGUGACUUAAUAUAAACCUCCUGCCUUUUAUCAGCUAAUGUCCUAACUUGGGUUCUGGCACAGACCUUUACCUUAAAGCCAUCUAAAUCUUGAUGGAAAAUAAAAUAGAACUCCACAUACCUGUCCUGUGGAUUGCCCUUAUCAGAAAGGGUUAAUUGGUUCAAUUAGCCCCCUCCCCACGCUGUCUAGCUUUCAGCACUUUAUGAUGAAACAAGACAUAUUGACAUUUUUCUUAAAUGAAAGUAUCUUGCAACUUUGGAUAUGAACAAUCCCACUUGUUACACUUCUUUGUAUUUCCUUGGAUCUCUUUCUUACCCUGGAAAGAUAAUGUUCCCUUGACAGAGCUAAAGGAUGCUGUAGCAAAGACUGCACUCAGAAUUUCCAUUCAGGACAGCCUUUGCUUUUUUUGUGUCCAAUACAAGUACCAAUAAAUUUACAGUUACAAAUGUGUUCAGAGCCGGUCAAACCCGUGGGCACAUAGGUGCUUCUGCAUGCACCUAUAUGCAUAAGUUUGGGAAGAAAAAAGGUACUGAACUGUCCAGUCAAGAUGGACCAGAUCAAGCCUAAAGUGUUUAGUGCCUUUAUCUGCAUUGACAAUAUAUGCUUUAUUAUUAAAUCACUUUGGGUUGUUUUAUGGGAAACAAUUUCAUAACUAAAGUAACUAAGUAAAUAAAAUACUGUUUUUCAUUUCUCGUUUUUUGGUUUUUUUCUGAUUAUUGCUCCAACUGUUUUACCAUUUGGUUUACUGUUUUGUGCUUGUUUUAUUGGCCUGUCAAUGGCUGGCUGCUAUUAGUGGUCACUCUGGCAGAGUUUAACAACAACAAUUAUAGUUGUUAACCACCCUGAGUGUCCUCAUUUAGGGAAGGGGAAUGUGGGUUGUGAAUAUUUUAAAUAAAUGAAUAAAACAUGCCCUGUGUGUGGGUUGUGUAGCCUUUCUUUGCACUGGCUAAUUCAUUAAGGGGUGGACAACAUCACAACACAUAGAUUUUGUAGCCUAUGUAGUUGAUUCCAAAUGGAGGCUAAAUAUGGCACAAAGAUCUUGCAAAUGGGGCCAUGGCAACAGGUUGCUGUUUUCUAGUUUAUCGGAUCCCCCCCCCCCCCAAAAGUAUAAAUCCAGAUUAAAUGGGGCAGGUGUAUACAGGCUGCCAUUCUAGUGCCAAUUAUACCCAUUCCACAAUAGACAACCAGCUGGACACACCCAUAUUGACAACUCUCAUAGAUAGCUUUGAAUUCCAUUGACUUCUCCUCAUGCUCAUGGGAAUUAUUAUGUUUCUAGCUUCCACAGAGAAAAUGGAUGUUGUUUUUUGUUUUUUUGGUUAAUCACCAUGUAUAACUGCAUGAUAAAAUUCAAAGUAAAAAACAAGCCAUGAUUCUCCCUUCCCCAAAGAUUUGGGAAGGUUGGCAGAAGAAGCGCAAUCUCAGAACGGACUGUUCUCUGGAAUCUGGUCAGAGGAGCCACAUGGCAGGUUUCCUUUGAAGGACAACAAAAGAGUUGUUGUUGUUGUUGUUGUUGUUGUUGUUUUAAAAAUCAGCUGAGAAACUCUUCUGCCCAUGCUCAGCAAAUGUCAAUGGAUGAACUGUUAAAGUUUAUUGGAAGUUCCAUUAAAAGAGGUUUGUUUUUGCUUUUCCAUCUGAAAGUGACAUCAAAUAAACCAAUAUAUAUAACGGUUGAAGUGUGGAAAUGAUGUGGAGAUAUGGCAUGUGAAAUGUUGAAAACCAUUAUAAAACCCUUCAUUUUCUAUCUAAUCUACCUAUCUACGUCUAUCUAUCUAUCUAUCUAUCUAUCUAUCUAUCUAUCUAUCUAUCUAUUUCUAUCAUCUAUCAUCUAUCUAUCUAUCUAUCUAUCUAUCUAUCUAUCUAUCUAUCAUCUAUCUAUCUAUCUAUCUAUCUAUCAUCUAUCUAUCUAUCUAUCUAUCAUCUAUCUAUCAUCUAUCUAUCUAUCUAUCUAUCAUCUAUCUAUCAUCUAUCUAUCAUCUAUCUAUUUUUAAUGAAAUAAAAACUGUAAGGCUAGAAUAAACCAUUGAGACAAUGCUCUUCAUGCAUACACGCCUAACAUAUUACUGCGAUAUACUACAAUAUACAGACAGCAUAAUUACAUCAGCCAAGCGAGGGACAUUUUAGCCAUGUUUUUAGCCAGUGUCUAUUCAAUGUGGUAGUAAACAACUAACUGCAAUGUAAGCAAGUUGACCUGAAGUGUGCUUUCAGACCACAUUAACUCACUACCGAGCCAUUGGACUGAAGCACAUUGGUUUAUGUCCGGAAUCAACAGACCCCCUCAUUUUAAAAAUGUCUGAAGUUCUUUAUUCCCCAGGACAAUUCUGAGAAGAUAACACUCCAGAAUUUUAUUCCCCCAACUAUUACCAUGGUGAUAUGGCGCUGUGUGUGUGUGUGUGUGUGAGAGAGAGAGAGAGAGAGAGAUGAACAAAUAUUUCAUUCCAUCGUAUUUUAUCCUCUCAACUUGUUAUUUUUAUGACCACAUGUUCAUAGCCUAUGUAGUACCUAAAGUAUCCUGUUAACUCUAGGCAUACAGGUUGUGAAUGACUUCAGAUAACCUGUGCUCCCUCUGCUGGUCCUAGAAAUGUAGGAAAUAAGCACGCACACACUUUGAACAGAGUAUAUCAGUUAUAUCAGAAAAUGCAACAGCAACACUUUUGAUUUCAGGCAAGAUAUGUGGAUAUAUUUGUGAAGUGGAAUUUGUAGGAGCCAACCAAUGUUGACUUUCAAUCAAAUUUUAUGACUGCUGAAUCUACCAUAAAGGUCGGUCUCUCUCUUCCUUUCUCUCUCUCUCUCUCUCUCUCUCUCUCUCUCUGUUUUUUGCUGUAGUAUAACAAUUUAUAGCCUACUAAACCAGGUUGCGCAGGCGCACACACUCACACAUCUAUAUACAAACACAUGAUGGCACUACUUAAUCUCUAUUUUUUCAAGCCUCCACACAUAUGAAACACAUUGGAAAGAAAUGGGUCUACAUCCUGAAAUACCCCACAUGGAUCUCAGUUGAGUAUUUCCUUUUUAUCUCCAGCCCUUGAAAUAGUUGUGACUGUGUGACAGUGCCAAAAACCCUAUCUAUACCUCUAACCCUGUAGCCUGACAGAGACCAGCCCACGUUUAUAUUUGGGUGCGCACGCGCUAGAUAGCUUGCUUUCCCUCCUCUAUCACACUCAUAAGCUGAUUUUGUAUGUAUGUGUGUGUGGGUUUUUUUUAAUGAGUGCGAUGACAUAAGCGCUGUGACUUCCAGUGAUGUUGUGUACCAACAAUUCUGGGAGGAGUCAAGCAUUCUUAGAAAACCAGGCCAUUUUUAUGUAUGAGGUGCUUAAAUGCAGUCCUGGGUGAAGUCAGUCAGCUUAAACACUUCAGCCAAACAUCCCCCCACUCCCCAAGCAUCUAAACUAUUUCCACUUUCAAGUGGGCCACUUUCUCCUCGACACUUGAAUCUUUUGGCAAAGAGCACCAGUGGCAAGAAAGUACAUCUUCUCCAAUCGGCUCCAAAAAAGAAGCCCCAAAGAGGUGGGUCAGUCUUUCCUUCCCCUUCCCCCUCUCCUCCAAGUAUGCAGUGGGUGGGUGUUUUCAAGGAGUGUGUGUUUUGGAUGAGGGAGAGCAUCAGCUGCCUGGUAUCAGUCCUCUGGCUCCGGCUGGGCGGGACGGAGUCUGAGCAGAGCCAGGCGCGGGAGGGUCAAGUACAGGUUGCUGAGCAGGAAAGAGGCAGGGGGAAGGGAGGCUUGGGUCACUCCUUUCUGUCUUUCAUUCCCCCCCCCUUCCCGUCUUGCACAGUGAAGGGAAUGUUGGGUCUAUUCCAUCAGUGUGGUAUGUCUGUAUAAACAUCAUUAGCCCGUACCGAACUGACAUGCUGUAGAUUUUCAUUUCUCCUUACAAAUUGCUCCUCUCCACAAUAAAAAUACCAGUCAUAUUAGAUGGAAUAUGUUGAGGCAGGGAGGGGAGAAAAGAGAUGGAGAUGUUUAUUCUUGCUCCCUUUGAUCUGGUGGAGAGCCGGGAGCAGGCUGCAGGCACGAGAGACGACGGAGACAAAGGCAAAGAUGUCACCCAAAGAGAGUUGGGUUCUUUUUCACGUUGGCACACCAAACAGUGGGCCCUGUUUUGAAAACAGGUAGGAGGCUGGGAGGCUUGAUUCAUGGCAGGGCCCGUAGAAUGAUGUCAUACAUUCUUCAAGGGAACACUCCAUGGCAGCAGAAAGCAGAGUUGGCCCCAAUUUUGCCUUGUUUCAUCCUCCCCCAGAAUGAUCCUUCUUUAGGCAAGAAAUUUAACUGAUGGCUCCAACUUCUUCAGCAAUUAUAUUCAGUGGGGAUGGGUGACUGCUCAUUUUUCUCGGUUUUUCUCAGUUUUUCUCGGUUUCUCGUUUUCCCCAUCUUAAUUUCAGUAUUCCACAUUUCCAGUUCAGUUUGCAAUUUAUUUAUUUUAUUUUAAAAGUCCUUAUGAAAAUUCACCAGCAUUUUAGCAUGAAUUUCUCAUAAGAAUGUAAGAAAAGCAGUCUGGACAGGCCAGUUGUCCAUCUUGUCCACCAUUCUGUUCUUACAAUGGCCAGCUAGAUGCCUGGGAGAAACCAGCAAGCAGGAUCCAAGCUCAAGAGCACUCUUCCCUCGUGCAGUUUCCUACAACUGGUGUUCAGAAGCUUCACUGCCUCUGACCGGUGCAGACAGAGAAUAGCCAUCCUGGCUAGUAGCCAAUGAUAAGCUUAUCCUCCAUGAAUUUCUCCAACUUUCUUUUAAAGCCAUCUAAGUUGGUGGCCUCCUGUGGCCACCAUAGUUUAACUACUUGCUGUGUGAAGAAAUACUUCUCCUAAUACACGUUUGUAUGCACUGUUGUCAAAUGUACACAUUUCUGCUAAACUAUUCCAUCAAAGUAAUGCACUUUUAUACGUCCAUCUUCACCGAAACAUUGCUUUUUAAUGGACACUUCACCCCAGUAUAUGUGUUUCUGUACACAUUACAUGACCGGAGAACUUAAUUGCAAAAUUUGGAGAAAUGUGAAUUUUGAAAGAAGGCUUUGUUUCAGUUCUGAUUCUUUUUGUAAGUCAGAAUUUGGUUUUUAAAAUGCCUUUAAACGUGAAUGAAACUGAAUUUUUCACCAGCCCUACUUUUCAGGCCUGAGUUUGGAAUGGCUUUUGGGCCCAAGGGCAGAGGUUUCGACAUUAGACCUUUUCAAAAUAUAUUUGACAAAUGUGGCUAUGGGCUCAUCUGGUUGUCUUGAACCCCAAACCGUGGCACCCACAAACUCCUAACAGUAUUAAUAAUUGUUGCAAACACACAAGGGGGGAAAUGACUGAUAGUUUGAAGGAGUAGUAACAAAGUCCUAUCAAAGCAUAGUCUUCCACCUGUUUUUAUCAACAAUUCCUAUUUAGAAACUUAUCAGCUUUUAAAAACCAAAACCCUUAAUUAAAAUUUCCAGAGAAAAAUAGCUUGGAGCAACACACCCACCAGUCUUCUUUCAGGAAGCCUGGAACACUGGUUGACCAGCUGAGUAGCAGCAUCAGUCCUCCUACACAUUGUGGCUACUUAUCACUGCAGGCACUCUCCUGAGAUCUUUACUCAAUGUCUGAAAUGCCAGCGCUAGGAUUACAGAAUGAAAGGAAAGCGGAAGCUGCCUUUUUACGCAGUCCUUUUUGAUAGAUUAGCAAAAUGCUCUCUGUGACAUCAGUAGGCCCGUGUGGAAGCAACUUGAGGAGCACUCUGCAUGUGAUGUUUUUCCUACAUGGAAAGCAUUAAAUGUCUGAAAUAGCAUGCAGUCAAAUGUCACAUGUAACAAUUUCAAACACCUGUAUUUUUCUCUAUGCACAAAAGCAUAUAGAUGACCAUCAUUGACUGCUGCUCCCCAGCAUGUUUGUCAAUGAGCAACAUAAAUGCACAUCACAUCUGAAGAUCUGCACCCAGGUUUCACAGGAUUGUAUCCAGCAUUAGUCAUUUCAAGCUGACCCCUUGAAAUGAUUGGGCAUGAUUAAUACAGGACUAUUCAUUUUCUUUUUCUUUUGAAAAAAUUAAAUACUAUUAAAAAAGAUCUGUGAAUAAAUAUAUUGUACAGGUUUCUCACUAUUCAUCUCUCCCACCUGCCUUUUCUUGAUUUUGGAAUUGCUUUGCCCUGCAGGCUUUUCCCUGCCAGUACUGCAAAUUUAUUAUGAGGCAGCCUGUUUGUGCUGGUUAAGAGAUUGGAUUACAUUGGAUAAUGCAGACAUCCUGGACUUAGAGGGUCAUGAUUUAAUAUUUGGCUGGCAUGCAUGUCUUUGGUAUGGGAAGGCGAAAAUCUAUAAAAGUUUUAUGAACCACAUUUUAAGGAAGAAUUUUAUAGAGUUUGGGAGAAAUAUAAAAAUUUGCUGGAAAGGAAAACACCUCUAUGGAUAUCUCCUAUUGAGGCUAUUACAAUAAAGAGAGUUAAUAUGGAUAGACAAUGGGCAACUUACAGGGAAUUGCCUCACUUUAGGGGGAACCUUAAUUGAUAUCAAUAGAAAAUGUAAGGAGCCAUGUUACAGACUGGCUACAAUAUCAUCAGUUAUAUGAAAUGUUUAAAAUAGACAGAAAAAUGGUUUUCUGGACCAAAGCUCAUGAUUUGAAAAAGAACUCUUACAAAACAAAGAAAAACUAUGAUCUAAAAUGUACAAUUCUUUUGUUAGAUUGGGAAACGAACUUGUUAAAGUUUCUAUGACACACUGGACACACUUUUCCAUUUAGGGAUAUCCAGUGCUUUUUGGGGGGGGCCCGCAGGAGUAUGCAUACCCCUAAACAUUUUGUAAAUCUUUGUACAUUUGUAAAUUUACUGUAGAGGUCAGCAAACUUUUUUAGCAGGGGGCCGGUCCACUGUCCCUCAGACCUUGUGGGGGGCUAGACUAUAUUUUUUGGGGGGAAAUGAACGAAUUCCUAUGCCCCACAAAUAACCCAGAGAUGCAUUUUAAAUAAAAGCACACAUUCUACUUAUGUAAAAACACCAGGCAGGCCCUACAAAUAACCCAGAGAUGCAUUUUAAAUAAAAGGGCACAUUAUACUCAUGUAAAAACACGCUGAUUCCUGGACCAUCCACGGGCCGGACUGAGAAGGCGAUUGGGCCUGAUCCAGCCCCAGGCCUUAGUUUGCCUACCCAUGACUUACUGUAUUUAUUUUCCCUGAUUUGAACUAUAAAAUUGUGCUUUUCUUGAGUCAAAAUGAGAGUACCCCUUAAAAAAAAAUAAGAAAAAAAGCACUGGAGAUAUCAACAAUUAACAUCAACAGUCCCUAAUGGCUUGGGACCAGUUUACGUCUUGCAAGAUUGCCUUUACUUGUGCCCACUUGAUCACUUCAGUCUGUGGAACUGGAACUGUUACAGGUGCCACAUAAUUCUCAUUCCACAGUUGUGAGAAACUGGUCUUUUAGUGUGGCAGCACCACACUGCCUAUUGGGGUUAGGCAGACAGCUCCGUUGUACUCUUUUUGUCGCCCGUUUAAAACAUUUUUGUUCGGGCAAGCGGCAAGCCUAUCCAGAUGCAUAGAUACUGAUGUCUUUUAAUCUUUUUUACUGUAGACUUUAAUUAUUUUAACAUGAUUUUUAUUGUUUGUAACUGUUUCUAUUGGCAAUGUUAAUAUUUCUCGCAAACUGCUUAGAGGCUUUACUGCAAAUCAGUGUUAUUGGGCAGGUGUGCAGUCCCUUCCGUUGCUGGCACCACCUAUGUCUGUUUUUAUCUGUUUUCAAAUGGGGUAAUGCAGAAUCACUCUGCAAUGAGAGUUUAAUCUUGGAAUGAAACCAGCUUCUCAAGAAGUGCUUUCCAGGGUAAAAAAAUAUUCCAUAUAUCUAGACUAGCUGUAGACUACGUAGAAAAAAUGAGUACUUAGUCUCUAUUGGUUCUGGAUUAAAAUGUCAUGUGUACACCCCCUCAAUUCCCCCCCCCUCCAAAUUUAUCAUUCUGUCUGCCUUUUCUCACUCUAAUUAAGUUUGUCAACUUGGCCAUACAGGUAAUUUCCCACUCCUUAGAAAGCCAAGUGAGUAGAGUAGGUGGUUUGGGAUUUUCCUGGUUUUGGCAAAUGGAGGUUUUUGCUGCCUUUACUAAGUUUUACUCAGAGUAGACCCAUUGAAAUUAACGGCCUCUCACUUAUUACAUAGGACCAUCAAGUUCAAUGGGUCCAGUCUGAGUGGAACUUAGUUGGAUGCAACCCAUAAUAUUUCCAUGCAGGGAAGCUGGUCUGAGAGGAAUGUUAGUGGGAAACCAGGCCCACACCAAAGGAUUCUCAAUCUGGAGGUGCAAUCUAUCAGUCAUAGCAACACACUUCCCAAUAAAGUAAAACGUACACAGGCUCAGUGGCUUUUCCUGCUAGCGUCGCUUGAUGAAAUGUUUAGCUUUGUAAAGCCUGUGAAACGUUAUCUGCACUGUAUUGCUUGCACCUAGUUAAACUUUAUAUCUCCAGUUUUAUUUUCUAUACACAUGGGUUUGUAAUUCUUGUGCAAUCAUCUGAAGUUAUCUUUAUGGUUUUCAAUUUAUAAUUGUAUUUUGCUCAGUCUUUCCCCAGGAUGCAUUGGUCUGGAGAAUGCAAGGCAUUCAGGUAGCUGUUAACAUGAUUAGCAAUGUGAGCUCUCCCCACCACCCUAAAAACAAAUAGGAGGGGCAAGGUGGGUGAACUGGAUCAAGACCACAGUGAGGGGGGUGGAGAGAAAAUUCCCCUCAAUGCCUCCUGGACCCCAUUCCAAAAUAUCCCCUACAGUUUCCUUGUAAAAAGCCAUUGAUGCCAUUGCUAAUGGCAUCCUAGUCCUAGUCCAUAUGAACUAGGCUCUGAGUGGGUACAGCCAUUGCUUCUCAGGUUCAGGUCAUGAUUGCUUCCUCUGAACUAACUUAUAGUUCCUAUGAAAUCCAGGUUCAUACGAAACAUUCUCUGAAUGAACAUAUGCUUUGGGAAAGUUGAAGAGUGUCAUAUGUCAUAGCUGACAGGCCUGUCUUAAGCAUAUGCGGCGCUGGGGUGCAAAUAUCCGCCCAGAGGGCCCCCCCCGGUGGCCCAGUCCCAGGCACGCAGGAGGGCAGAGCCAGCCGGCCGCCUCAGUGUCUCGCUGGCUCGGUCGUACCUGAACUCGCGGUGCAGAGCCACCUGCAACAGAAGAGCCCGCCACGGCGCUCUGACCGACGGGCAGGCUCUUCCCCAGACUCAUCUCUCGGGCCCCUGACUCUCGGCCUGGUGCCCCUGAGAGCCCAGCGCCCGGGUGCCCCACACCCCUAGAGCCUAUGGGUAAGACGGCCCUGAUAGCUGGAAUGCCUGGCUCCUCCUCUUCUGCCCUUGUUGUGAAAGGGAAUAGCCAAGCACAAAACCCAGAACACCUUGAGGCAGACCUGGCAAUAUGUGGCUCUCCAGGUGUCAGUGAAAUACAACUCCAUCACCCAUUCAUGUUGGCUGGGGCUGAUGGGAAUUGGAAGACAGCAACAUCUGGAGAACCACAACUAUGCCAUUCCUGCCCUGGGGGGAGUGAGUAAGGGACAUGGAGACAGACAAUGAACCACUCGAGAGCCAGUAGUGUUGGAGGAGGCAGAAGCAGCCCCAAUGUUAUUGUGCUGUGUUGUAUUUUUGUGUAAGCUGCAUUGUGGUCCCUUCAGAAUAGACAGGCAGGAUAGAAAUUAGGGUUGCCAUAUAUCCGGAAUUUUCCAGACAUAUCAGGAAUACCGCAGUUGUCAGCAGCAUCUGGGCAGAAUGUCUGGCAAAAACCAGGUGUAUGGCAGCCCAUGUUGGCAGUGCCGAUUUUGCCGAUUUCCCCUUAAAAUAGCUCCCAAUGCAAACCAAUCCACCAAAUAAAUGAAGUAGAGACAAAGUUAACUCCCCCCUAAGGAUUUUUUUAAGAGUUUAAAAAGUAUGUGAGUCUAGUCAUAAAACAAAAUAAAAUCUAAAUAGAUAUAUUUUGGAUCUUGAAUAUUGUUGCUGCUGCUUCAUAUACAUUAUAGAGCACAUAUUAUGGGGAAAGAGCCUUGCAAGGCUGUACUUCUACAUAUGCUUACUUGGGGAAAAGCCUCAGAGAACAUUGUGGGACUUAAGAUUGUACAGUAUAUUGGCCACCCGAAGUCCAGUCAGAUGAGAAAGCACUAGCCACUCACUGGAGCAGUACUCAGCUCAAGCAGCUCCUCCCUUUAAUAAGCUACUACAGCUGACAGUGACGAUCAUUUUGACGGGGCAGCAAGAGUGGGGGAGGCUGCAGUUAUGCAGCAGAGUGGUUCUGUAUAUAUUGCUGCUGAGGUACAAUUCAGUGGUUUUUGUGGGGGUGGCAGCAUUGUUUUCCUUCUAUGUUCUGCUGAGUUUUAUUUGCGAUGCAGUUAGACUACAAUGAUAAGCCCCAAAUUAUAAAGGAAACCAAUGACUUAAAAGUUCACUAUAUAUUUUUCCUUCUCAAACUCAAUUCUGUAGAGGUGAUAAAAUGCAAGCUCCAUGUGAAAAUAGAGGAGGGUCUUAUUCUAAGCUCUUUCCUGGUCUGUCUUCAUUUAUGUCUUAACUUUUUCACACCAUGAAGGAGCAGUAGUGAGAAGUUAAAGAACCAUAUUGUGUAAAUGGAAGCUUCGCUUCCUAUGCAAACUGCAGGUGUGGGUACCCAUUUCCCAUUAUGACUACAAUAGGGGGCAAAGAGUUAAAGCCCCCUAGCCCUCCCACCAGGGUCCCAGUCCAGAUCUCCCCUGCUCACACGCCUACUAUUUACAUUUUUAAAAUUCCCAUAUUUACUAAUUGUGUGUAUGGUAUGGCAUCUCUCACACAUAUCCCUUUUGAUGGUUCUGGCCUAACAUGUACAAGGGAAUGUAACACUCUUUCCCAUGAACACUGUGUGAGUUUUUCCUGCAUGUCUCUGAAAGGGACAUGUGUGCAUUUCCUCUGUGCGCAUUACAAUGGAAGCGCAAGAAACAGACCCAUGAUUCACUCGUGCUUCCUCUUCCCAUUUCCUUAAUGUGCAAAGCCACCAUUAGCCUUGACUUUCCCUUCCACUUUCUCUUACUUCAGAAGCUCAGUUAUAACAUAUUUUGUUGACAUUAUGUGUUUGCCAAGUUUGGGCUGUUCAGUGUCCAUAGAAUUUCAUUCAGCCCCCCCCCCCGUUCUUUAUGCCUUUUAUCUUUGCUCUUAUUAAUGUGGUUAUCCGUUGACAGUGUUUGCUGGAACAAGUACAGGAACGCUGGAACAAGCAACACUUUCCUGUUGUUGCAAAGUGCUUGUUUCGAAAUGAGCACAGUUCAGUAGGAUAUAUCAUGUUACAUAUUGGGGGGGGGGUGUAUCUGUGUGUAGAUAUGUAUUAAGUAUAUGUGUGAAGUAUGACACAAUGCAAGUUAAUUGUGCUGAUCACUACAGAUAAAUAUAUUUAGGUCUUCAGGAGGGAAAGAAAGUGGAGCAUCUCCAGAAAUCCUUUUUAUUGCACAUUCAUCAGUGGUGACUGAUGCCAUUUUGACUAGGUAGGGCUGCAAUUUUUCACCUUGCAGUUUCCCUCACAAUAAGACUCAUACAGCAAUUGUUUAGGAAAGUGUGCCAUUAGAUAGGUGCAGAGUGCCAUUGUCUCCCCAUUGAAAAAUAUAAAUUAUACUCUGCACAUCUAUGGGAAAGAGCUUCCAUGUAAGAGUCUCCAAGUAUGGUUUUCAGACAAGAUUGUUGUUGUUGUUGUUGUUGUUGUUGUUGUUGUUGUGAGUUGGGGGGUUGGCCUGUAUGGUGCCUGAGUCCCUUCUAAUCCCUGGAGUCCUGUAUCCAGCAAGGGUUAAAAACUAAUGGAGGAUUCCGUUGCUAAAGUAGUCAAGCCAACUUCUUGGUAAUGGGCCUAAGCAUUGUCCAUAGUCUGACCAAGGAGGUUGCUCUGACCCAGAGGCCAAAUGUGUGGGGCCCCUCCCUCACUUGGUUGGUAGUGAGAAGAACAAUACAGUGGUACCUCAGGUUACAGACACUUCAGGUUACAGACUUCGCUAACCCAGAAAUAGUACCUCGGGUUAAGAACUUUGCUUCAGGAUGAUAACAGGAAUUGCGCAGUGGUGGCAGUGGGAGGCACCAUUAGGUAAAGUGGUGUCUCAGGUUAAGAACAGUUUCAGGUUAAGAACGGACUUCCAGAACGAAUUAAGUUCUUAACCGAAGGUACCACUGUAGCUAGUAUGAAAGAGAGCUGGGCUAAAAGCAGGCAGAAGCCAAAGAGUGAGAGCCAUUCUUCAUUUCUGCUUGAAUCCAAGACUGUGGCUAUGGGAGAAGAAAGACCUCUUGGGGUGUUAAUGCUGUGAGCCCCUCCAUCAUAGGCUCAGGUUGUAUAUAUGUUGUUGUAAUAAUAAUUAAAUAAUAAUAAUAUAUGCUGCCCAUCUGACUGGGUUUCCCCACCCACUCUGGGCAGCUUCCUACAAAUUAUAACACCACAGUAAAACAUCAAACAAAACUUCCCCAUACAGGGCUGCCUUCAGAUGUCUUCUAAAAGUCAGAUUGUUUUUUAUUUCCUUGACAUCUGGUGGGAGGGCGUUCCACAGGGUGGGCGCCACUACUGAGAAGGCCCUCUCCCUGGUUCCCUGUAACCUCACUUCUUGCAAUGAGAGAACCACCAGAAGGCCCUCAGAGCUGGACCUCAGUGUCCAGGCUGAAUGAUGGGGACGGAGAUGUUCUCCCAGGUAAACAGAGCUGAAGUCAUAUAGGGCUUUAGAGGUCAACACCAAUUAUGCUUGGAAACAUACCACAGAGAACCACAGUCUCUGCUGUCCCUUGUUCCAGAGAUUGGGGUGUCGUGCAACAUUAUUAUUAAUGACUCACCCUUCACCCCAAGGUCCCAAGACUGACUCAAUAUCUCUUAGAAAAUAAACCAUGACACUUGACAAAGAUGUAUGAAUUCAUAAAUUGUUUACAGGAACACAUAGUUUAUUCAAAAGUUUUUAAAUGUGGGGAACAGUUGCUUCUAGUUGCAUGCAGUUUUCCUUCCCCACAAAAUCAAUUUGACUUUUCAAUAUCCAAAACUUUUAUUUCUCUAAAUUAAAUAUUCCAACCAAUAAAUAAAACAUCAUUUGUGCACAUUGUGCACACUGUUCAGGGCGUCAUACCCUGCUAGCAAAACCUUGAGCCAGGCCACAUCAAAACAAAUUUGCAGUGCAUAACUCAGUCCUGAAUAUGUGAAAUAAUAAUAUCUUCUGUACAGAGUACAUCACACCAAUUAGUAAUCAUAAUCAGCAUGCUAUUUAUGAGAUCAGGGAAAGUAUCUUCCAAGUCUGAAGAAGGAUGAGGAGUUAGUCAAUGUGAUAUCCAGACAGGCUUAGCACUUUUCAUUUUCGAAAUUCACUGACAAACUCACCAAAAAUUUACUAAGUCAUAGUCAAAAACAAAUGGAUUUAAUUGUCCUCUGCCUCACAAUGAUGAUAUUAUUCUAAAAAACUCUAAGUCAGUACAAACUGUUAUCUCCCAAGCAAAACACUCAGACUCAUUUAAAUGACAUAGUCCAACUAAAGGCAUGAGCCUUUGUUUUGAAGAGUUUUUGUCUUUGGCAAAGUUCCCAACUUGGCAAUUGUCCUGUUUUUAGCCAUGUAGGACCAUUCUGUCAUCCCCCAGCCUUGCCAAUUCCUCCCUUCAGUCAAGCCAUUUAGAAACAAUAGCAGCAAACCUUUCAAAAUUCAAAAUGUUCUCAACUCAAGCUAGGAGACGGGGUGGGUGUGUUCCAACUUUGGAAAGCUAAUCAGUCCCUGUAUUUACCAUACUUAUCUACACAAUCAGGGUUGUAUCGUACCUAACAAGACUCCCAAAGUGACACUGGUGGGUGAUUGCAGAGGCCUGGGUCAGACUGGUUCUGCCAUGACCAAAAACAUAAGAUCAGGCCAGUCACCCAUCUAGUCUGCCAUCCUCUUCACUGUGACCAACCAGAUGCCAGCAAGACCUGAGCACAUGAGCACUCUCCCCGCCUGUGGUUUCCAGAAACUGGUAUUCAGAAUCAUUGCUAGUAGCUAUUGAUAAUGCAUGAAUUUGUCUAAUCCUCUUUUGAAGCCAUCCUGAUUGGUGGCCAUCACUGCCUCCUGGGGGAGCGGAUUCCAUAGUUUAACUAUGCUCUGUGUUGCCUUUUAUAUGUCCGGUACACUGCCUUAGGAUACUUGGCUGUUGAGGAGUACACCUAUUAAUAAUGGAGACAAAGGAACUUAAUUAGCGGGCCGUCUGGCCCCCAAACCUGUAUGACUGGCCAGUUACAUAAAUUGGGCAGAGUUUCACAGAAAUCAAACGUGGAGUCUGCAGGUGUGAGCCUUGGCCCUGGAAAGUAAGGGGCUUUAUUUUAGAAGUGACUAUUUUGGAUGCUGGGAACAAAAAGCAGAUGGAGAACUUGUAAGCUUUCUGGAAACUAGAGAUCUGUAAUGAUUCUGCCUAGAGGUAGUGCACUGCUCUCUCUCUCUCUCUCUGUCUCUUCUCAAGCAAAGAUAUGAAUGAAUAAAUUUCCCUAGACAUCAUAUUACUCCAAUGCUUUUUUCCUGGUGGAAAGUGAACUGGAAAGAUUUCUUUGAACUGCUUACCCACAAAGAGGGGUCAAAACAAAGGCAUAAUAUUCAUUUUACCUGCCCUAUUGGCAAUCACCUAUAAAUACUGAGUUAGUAUCCAACAUGCUAACAUAAAUUAGACAUUUGUAUGCACUUUAAACAUAAGCUAUGCAUGCACUCAAAUGUGUCAGCCUAUGCCUUUGUCGUAUUUCAAAUGUUACCAAAAUUUAUGAUAUUUUGAACUCGUGGAGAAAUCCCCUCUGCUUCAAGAAUAUCUAUCCCCAGCUUUGCACUCUGGUGAGUGCAUUCUGGUACAGAACUUUGGGAAAAUUAAUCAUUACCGUGUGAAUACUCACAGUACACAUUAAUCAGUAGUGCCUGUAGUUUAUAUAUGUAUUGAGUUUCAGUGGCUUGAUUUAAACAGAUCCUCCGCAACUUAGAACAUAAAUAUAUCUGACAUGCUGACUCAGGCUAUUCCCUUUUCCAUGAGCUGGUUUCCUUUCCAAACUCAUUUCCUUCGUCUUAGGCCUCUCUGCAAACCUGGGCUGCAGUCCGAAGCACACUUACUAAAAAGUAAGUGCCAUCAACUUCUAUGGGAGUUGCUUCUGUGUAAACAUGCAUAGCAUUUUGAUAGAAGACAGCAACAUUGUGAAAUAGGUCCACCACCACAGUGCCUAGAAUGCAACAUUCGGGUGGCGCUGUGGGUUAAACCACAGAGCCUAGGACUUGCUGAUCAGAGGGUUGGCAGUUCAAAUCCCCGCAACGGGGUGAGCUCCCGUUGCUCGGUCCCUGCUCCUGCCAAUCUAGCAGUUCAAAAGCACGUCAAAGUGCAAGUAGAUAAAUAGGUACCACUCUGGCGGGAAGGUAAAUGGCGUUUACGUGCGCUUCUCUGGUUCGCCAGAAGCGGCUUAGUCAUGCUGGCCACAUGACUGUACGCCGGCUCCCUCGGCCAAUAAAGCGAGAUGAGCGCCGCAACCCCAAAGUCGGUCAUGACUGGACCUAAUGGUCAGGGGUCCCUUUACCUUUAUGGGCCUAUUAGAUAUUCUCAGUUUAAGUUCCUGAAUUGCAAACAAGAGGAAUAGUAGACAUUGACGAAGCUACUUUAUUCGGAGGCAGAUCAUUGGUCUAUCUAGUACAGUGUUAUCUACUCCAGGGGUAGACAACAUGGUGCCUUUGAGAUGCAGUUGGAGAACUCCCAUCAUCCCUGACAUUAGCCAUGUUGGCUGGGCUGAUAGAAAUUGUACAUCUGGAGGGCACCAGAUGUGGGCCCUGGCUUACUCUGACUGACAGUGGAUUUCCCAAAGACUCAUGCUGAAGCCUUUCACAUCUCUAUUAUCUAUUUAACUGGAGAUGCCACAAACUGAACCUAAGAAAGGAGUGUAGUUCCAUGGUGGAGCAUCUCCUUUACAUGCAAAAGAUGCAGGCCCAAUCCCUUUCAUCUUUAGAUAGGGCUGGGAAUGUCCCUUGCCUAAAACCCUGGGCAGCCACUGCAAGUCAAUGUAGACUAUGCAAUACUGAGCUAGGUAGAUCAAUGGUCUGACUCCUAAGUUCCUUAGGCAGCUUCCUAAAUUCCUAUGACUUUAUGUAUGCAAAGCCAAUGCUCUACCAUCGAGCUAUGGCUCCUAUCUAUUUUUUUAAAAGACUCCACGGCACAUUUUCCAGCCCUUUAAUCUGUACUUGUCCUUAAGAAUUUUGCUGAAAUUUUGCCUAACGCAUGUUAUGAGGAAUGCUCCUUUGAUAAACCAGCAUUGUAAUCGUUUUCAGGCAGCGAUUUCACUAAGCCUGCAGCUUUUAAAGUAAAGUUUCUUGUAGCCGAAAAGAGAACACAGCCAAUUCUGGUGCUACAUUUAAUAAUUCAUAAAUCAAAUUAAGUUCAUGAGGGUUCAGAGUUUAAAAGUUUAAAAGUUUUGCUUAAGCUGCCAAAGUUUUUAAACAACAACAGAAAAAAAAACACAACCCAACAAAACUUUUCCGUCCUGGAGUGCUACACUCAAAUACAUGCUGCUCAUGUAUUCAUGUUUAUUUACUCAGAAGUUCCAUAGACUUACUUACAGGUAAGUGGGGGGGGGAUUAGGCUUCCAAUACAUGUAAAAUACCUACCUUUAUUUUUAUCUUUUAAAAAAAUAUUCCAUGAAUGUCCAGGUGACAUGAUUUCCUUCUGUAAAUGGUACCUAAAUAAGAUCACAGCUAGCAUGAAAGAUACAUCAGUUGCUGCUGGUAUGGUUUUCCCUGUGAUUACUGAAAUUCUGUUUUUAAUUAGUCUUAAUAUUACUGUCCUAUUUCUUCUAUCCUACUUUAUUGCUUUUAUGUUUGCUUUUCACAUACCACUUAGAGAUUUUAAACUAUUAAGCCAUUUAGAAAUCUUUGUAAAUAAAUAAUAAAGUCAAUCAAUUGUAAUAAUAAUAAUAAUUUAUUUAUACUCCACCCAUCUGGCUAGGUAUGCCACACAGCCUCCAAUUGCAUAUUGUUCAUAGUUGCAAGGCGGGGGAGGCUACCCCCUUAAAUCAAAUAAAUAAAUAAAUAAAUAUAACUAACUGACUGACCAAUUGCAUCACAGAUAGCUCAGUUCUCUCCCCCCUAACAUGAAGCCAGUAAGCUACUGAAAUCUCACUUGCAGGAGUAUUGUGGAGGCGUGGCUGACAUCCAUUUCAAGCAUGCAUAAGUGAUUCUGUGAAAAGGCCCUUAUAAAUCACUGUCAUUUAAAUUCAAUACAGGAAUGUGGAGAAUUAGGAUUAUUUGGAACAAGUGGUUAUGCGGGGUGGGGUGGGGUGGAAUACUUCUCCACAAUUUGGACCUAGGUGCACAGUCAUAUUACUUGCCUUAACUUUCUGAUUCGCUAUGGUGGAGUCCAAUGUUUUACAAGUGUUUCCAUUGCUUUGCCACUCCAGAGCAGAAGGGAAUGAAGAAGAAGUCCUGUUGGACAAAGGGAGUCCAUUCCACUCCUACAUAGAUAUCACUGGACACAGCCCCUUGUGUCUGUGAGUCAGAUAAUCUUCCCUGUUUUGUGGAGUCCCACAAAAAAGAUGGGUCUGACUGUACUUUGAAGCUUGUGGGUGGGGUUCGUGCUUUUUCUGACUACCCACAAUCAAAAUGUUGGCCUUGAUGCUUCUUUUGCCUAAGUAAUAUUUAUUUUAACUUCCUAUGAAAAACUAGACUUGCACACAGCCAUCCAUGCAUAGAUGCAUCAGUCUCUCCCUGUCUCUGUCUCUGUCUCUCUCCCCCCCCCCCCCAAUUUGCAAUAGCAUGGUAAGCAUAAAUCUAUAAAACUGUUCUUUGGUUUAAAAGGGCUUGGCCCUGCUCUCAGUCCAUUCACUGUUGUUAAGCAGUAAUUCUGGAUAAAUUCUAUGUCAUAUCGGUGGGUUUAAGUGCAUCUAAUUGUAUUGUAUUGUUUCCGCUAGGUUUGUGGAAUUCCAAAUUUCAGCCGGCACAGCCAGCAAAGAGAUUUCAUAGGUCCAUCUCUUGAAUAUAUUCAAGAUUAAACCACCAACAAGCAUGGGAAGUGAGAGCACUUGUUAAGGUUACUUUUAAAAAUGGCCCUUCCAAUAACUAAAGCAGCGUUAUCAGCUCAGGUCAAACAAUCACCCCCUUACUUUGAACAAACAGAUAUGGAACUUUGGCAUGUAUGUCUCAUAUAUAGGUCCAUUUAAUGGAUCAUUUAAUAAUCAACAAGAGUUUAGAAUCAAUAAGUUGGCAAGAAAUCAAGGUGUUGCUCAAUAAUAAUUACAUGUGAUCUAACAUCCUGGAGGAGGGAAAUUUCUCUAAAUGGUGCUCAAUAUCCCAGUACAAAGAACAUUUUUGACUUCACACUUCCAUAGGAAAGGCAUGAUCCAGCAAUAAUGCUAGGCUUCUGUUUCAUAUUUGGAUAUGUGCUGGAAAUGUAAAAGGGCUAGGUUAGCCAUUUUCAUAGGUGGUGGACUUGCUCAAUAGCAAAUACAUUUUUAGAUAAGAUUGAAGAGGCCACUGAGAGAAUAAAUCUGCAACUACUAACUACCAUUCAGUUUAGAGUAACUUCUGAGCAAACAUGCUUUAAGAUUGCAAGGUAAUUUGUUAAAGCUUUGCUUGGCAGAUCCACUGUUUUACCAGUUAAUUGUACACAUGAUAUUCUAACUUGUCAUUGUGAACUAAUCUCUUUCAUGACAUUAACUCCCAGCAUAAGUAUGCAAAACAUUGUAGAGUCAUGUCCAUUCCACUAGCAGUAGAACAAGAACUGCUAUAAACUAUAUUAAGGUGAAAGUAGUUAGAAACUCACACCUCCUAUUUACUCCUGGCAAAAUAAGACACGUGUUGACAAGCCUGAUUUAAUUUACUGCAGUGCUGCUCAUUUAUAUGCACACUAUAAAUUAUUCAAGAUCUGUAUGUUUUAUAUAAAAAAUAAUAACAAUAAAAGGGGAAAUAAGUUUAAAUGAAAAAUCAUUCUGAAUUUGGGUACUAGAACUAGUGCCUGAAAUUAUUUUCUCCUCCUCCCUCCCAAGCCCUUUUCUUUUGUGCCACGCCUUUUGGAGAUUGUAAGGGCAGGUGUGAAGUGAAGUGAAAGCUGAACCAUAAAGAAGGUAGAUCGCCGAAGAAUUGAUGCUUUUGAAUUAUGGUGCAGGAGGAGACUCUUGAGAGUCCCAUGGACUGCAAGAAGAACAAACCUAUCCAUUCUGAAGGAAAUCUGCCCUGAGUGCUCACUGGAAGGACAGAUCCUGAAGCUGAGACUCCAAUACUUUGGCCACCUCAUGAGAAGAGAAGACUCCCUGGAAAAGACCCUGAUGUUGGGAAAGAUGGAGGGCACAAGGAGAAGGGGACGACAGAGGACGAGAUGGUUGGACAGUGUUCUUGAAGCUACCAGCAUGAGUUUGACCAAACUGCGGGAGGCAGUGGAAGACAGGAGUGCCUGGCGUGCUCUGAUCCAUGGGGUCACGAAGAGUCGGACACGACUAAAUGACUAAACGACAACAACAACAAACGGCAGGUGUGAGGAAUGUUUGGCUCAAAUGUUGCUGAACUACAACUCCCAACAGCUCCAGCAAGGAUGUCCAUUGCUAGAGACCCAAGUUUGAUCUUAUCACUGGCAUUUGGAAGCCAAAGCAUUUUUUAAAAAAAUUUAUUUAAUCAUUUUUUCAAUACAAACAACAACCACAAAAAACACAUACAACAAAAACCACAAUAACACUAAUAACACAAUUUAACAUGACAGAUUUGAGUACUGAUAUACCUAUGACUACACCUUUUUAACAAUAUCUCCCCACCUCUCAUCCCCCUACUUCCCACCACCGUCCGCCUUAUCGCUUAAAUAUUCCUUCCAGAUUUCUUCAUAUUUAUCCAUUCUUAAAUUGCGUCGACAUGCAAUUCGUUCGUAUGUGGCUAGUCUGUCCAUAUUGUCAAUCCAUGUGCUCAAUGGAAUCUUUUUGCAGCUCUUCUAGUUCAUCAGAACAAGUUUUUUUGCUUCUAAUAUGGCACGCAUGUUUACACUGGCAGAGGAAGGGGGUGCGGGGGUGUGGUCCACCCAGGGUGUCAUCCCUGGGGUGUGUGUGACAUUGCUGCCCCGCCCCCCUGGGACACUUGCUGCAGGCACCGCCCCUGUGGGAAGCUCGCCGUGGCUGGCGCUGCCCCCGUGCUCACUGCGCUGCCCCCGUGGGACGCUUGCCCCCCCCCGGGUGCACAGCCUGGGUGCCAGAGCAGUUAGCUCCGCCUCUGCGUGUUUACCCAGAAGUUACUAUAAAUUCAAGAAAAGAUUAGUGACUCUAUAAAGCAAAGGUUUGUACAUUUUUGUUUUGCUUUUCCCCCCCUGAAGAGCAGGAUAAAAGGUUAAAUAAGUAAAAGAAGAAGAAGCUAAAGUUCCAUGGGGUCAAGAGCAGUAAUCCAUUUAAUAAAUUACUUUUUAAAAAGGCCCUUGUGACGAAUGGGGAGCUGAGGUGGCGAGGAAGAUUGCUCAAGGAGUUUGAAUAAAUGUUCUUUUAGUUGUUGUACUAGUAGCAUUUGGCCUAACUAUUAUUAUAAUUAUAAUAACGAUAAUGAUAAUACUAGUAAUAGUAAUAAUAAUAAUAAUAAUAAUAAUAAUAAUAAUUUAUUAUUUAUACCCUGCCCAUCUGGCUGGGUUUCCCCAGCCACUCUGGGCAGCUUCCAACAGAACACUAAAAUACAAUAACCUAUUAAACAUUAAAAGCUUCCCUAAACAGGGCUGCCUUCAGAUGUCCUCUAAAAGUCUGGUAGUUGUUUUUCUCUUUGACAUCUGGUGGGAGGGCGUGCCACUACUGAGAAGGCCCUCUAACUGGUUCCCUGUAACUUUGCUUCUCACAGUGAGGGAACCGCCAGAAGGCCCUUGGUGCUGGACCUCAGUGUCCGGGCAGAACGACGGAGGUGGAGACGCUCCUUCAGGUAUACUGGACCGAGGCUGUUUAACUAGAUCCUGGAUCUAGUUCCUCUUUGCUGAUUUGAAAUGAGAGUUCUAGCAACCUUGUACCACUUCUUAUUUAUUUCUAUAGGGUUCAUUCAUCAUCAAUAGUUAUAGAAUUCCUUAGUGACAGUGUCCUUUUAGAAAUCCUUUUGCCUAUCAGCCUAAUUUUCAUCCUGAGCGCCACACACUAGUGGCUGAGCAUUGUUCCAUCAAGCAUUUCUGAUGUGAUUGUGAGCCUUCUGCACUGAAAAGUUGUUUGAAUUGUGGUACAUGCCCACAGCUUCACAAACCUUGAAGAUGUGUGGCUGUAAAACUAGUGUCCAGGACAGCUGUGUUAGUGCCAAAUCAGUAAGCGGCUAGCCACCAGGUGGAGCUCUAGUUAGCUAAUACAGUAUGCACACACUCCAGCUGAAGUUGGUCACAGCCCAUUGAUAUUGAUAGCAGAUUUAAGCAAGCACUUUACUUUGUCCCGUUCAAAUCGCCAAGGCCUAAAAGUGGUUAACUCAGCUGGGUCACACCCAGUACGUUUUACCACACACUUGGCUGCUCUCAAUUAAUUGAAAUAGUUCCUGAUAGAGGCAAUAAGCAACUGUGGGUUUGGGAGGGAUUUAUUUGUGGGGGGUUUCUGCAGAUCUCUGGAACUUAGGAAGCUGCUAAAUCAGACCAUUGGUCCAUCUAUCUCAAUAAUGUCAACACUGAGUGGCAGCUGCUCUCCAGGAUUUCACACAGGGGACAUUUCCAGCUCCGCUUGGACAUGCCAGGGACUGAAUAUGGGACCUUCUGCCUGCAAAACAGGUAUGAUGUCCCUUCAUGAUGUCCCUAGCUGCUUUCUGUGCAGGUCAUUCUGUAGCUGCCACCAUGCCCAUUGGCUCUAGAAAGUCUCCUUCCAACCCAUUUUAGCAGCCAUGGACAUUCAGUCAGCUGUGCCAAAUAUUCAACCCAUCCUCCAGGUGCUUAACUGUCAAGGAACUUUCAGUUCUGAAUUCAGCACAAUUUUAUUUUAUUCCAUUUUCAAAUAAACAGAAACAACAAAGAUUAAGCGAGAUAUUGUAACAUGCAAAGGAAUUAGGGGUGGGUGACUGGGGAGAGAAGAUAUGGAGGGGGGAAGGGAGGGGUAUAGCAAGGCCCCUGUACAAUAUUCACUUGUUUUCCAACUUCAGCACAAUUUUUGACCUGGUUGUGGAACCAGGUAGAGCAAGAGUCAUAUGUCUGAUCUAUGUUGCUCUAGUUUAUAUCACUACACGGCAUGCAAAAAAGUCUGAAAUCAGGAUCACAGUCAUUUGUUACUAGAAAUAAAUGCCAGGCUUGUAUUGAAAAAAACAUGCCAUGGACUAUAUUAGACAAUGCUGUACUGCUUUUUCCCCCAGAGCGCUAUAGUAACCUAGCCGUCUGUAGCCACAAGUGCCUUUAAGAUGAAUCAUGCAUGAAAGCAUCACAUGGUUUGCUCUGAAACUGCCUGUAAAAUGCUGUGAAUCAGGGAAGGAAUUGUCUCCUUUCAUUCAAAUCCAGUGCAUUUCAUUAUAUCAUAGAGUUGGAAAGGGCCCCCAGGAUCAUCUAGUCCAACCCACUACAAAGCAGGAAUCUAAAUUAAAGCAUCCAUGACAGAUGGCCGUCCAACCUCUCCUUUAAAAUAUCCAAGGAAGGAGAGUCUGCAGCCUCCCAAGGAAGACUGCUCCACUGUCAAACAGCUCACCGUCAGAUGUUUCGUCUGAAUCUCCUUCCUUGUAACUUGAAGCCAUUGGUAUUAGUCCUACCCUCCAGAGCAGGAGAAAACAAGCUUGCUCCCUCUUUCAAGUGACAGACCGCAUUUGAAGAUGGCUAUCAUAGCUCAGUGUGUGGCCACUGUCACAUGCUGACAAUUUCUAGGAGACACAGGUGAGAGCUAAGUGCAGGGUGGGAACCAAAGGUGAAGAAGAGGAGCUUGUAUUUGAUAUCCCGCUUUAUCACUACUCGAAGGAGUCUCAAAGUGGCUAACAUUCUCCUUUCACUUCCCCUACAUGAAACACUGUGAGGUGAGUGAGGCUGAGAGACUUCAAAGAAGUGUGACUAGCCAAGGUCACCCAGCAGCUGCAUGUGGAGGAGCGGGGACGCGAACCCAGUGCACCAGAUUACGAGUCCACCACUCUUAACCACUACACCACACUGGCUGGACAAACUACCCCCAUAAGGAGCACAAGGUGUCUCCCACCAGAGCUACUACCCCUCCAGGGGACAUGAAUGGCGCUGUGGUCUAAACCACUGCGCCUGUUGGGCUUGUUGAUUGUAAGGUCAGCAGUUCGAAUCCGUGCAACAGAAUGAGCUCCUGUUGCUUUGUCCCAGCUCCUGCCAACUGAGCAGUUCAAAAGAAUACCAACACAAGUAAAUAGGUAGCACUGUGGUGGGAAGGUAAACGGCAUCUUUGUGUGCUCUUGCACUCAUCACAGUGUUCCAUGCACCAGAAGCGGUAUAGUUAUGCUAACCGCAUGACCUGGAAAAGCUGUCUGUGGACAAGUCGUCUCUCUCGGCCUGAAAGCGGAGAUGUGAGCCACACCCCAUAGUUGAAUUUGACUGGACUUAACUGUCCAGGGGUCCUUUACCAUCACCUUUUUUUUUAGCUUACUACCCCUCCCCUAACACCCCAUGUUUUGCGUGUAUGUUGAAUAUAUAAGGUAGCAAUAGACAAUGCAAGAAGAUAGUGUUAGCUUCAUGUCACUUCAGUAAUAUUCCAAAGGUGUCAUAAGAAGACACACUGACCCACAUUGUGAACACACGGACAUUGUGACUGAGUGCAAAUAUUGCAACAGACAUUGCAUUUUCACAGUCUCUCCUUUGUUUGUUUGUUUGUUUGUUUGUUUGUUUGUUUGCUUGUUUUUGUUGUUGUUGUCAUCACACUUAACAAGCAGACACAAGGAAGGAAAUGUUUAGGAUCAGGGUACCAGUCAAACUGAGGACCUUUGCAACUCAUUUGGAAAACUAAUGGCAGAUAUGUAACUUUAAAAGAUGGCUUAAACAACACUUUCAGUGUUGCAAUAACAUGAUUAAAGGAAUAAAUGGGAGUGCUAAGCAGGAGGUGGAACGAUGUGCACACCAGAAAAUGAGAACACCGUAAUAAAUUAAGGGAUUUUAAUCUCCUAAUAUAUAUUUUAUCUUUGUUUCCUUUCACUAUGACAGCUAUAUUAAAGAACCUCACCCUUUUAAAGGACUAACAUCGUUUUUUAAAAGAUGCAAUUUAUUUAUAGUUGGUUGCUUCUGAUACUGUAUUAAGUGGUGAAAACACUGGAGCCUUACUUUCACUUGGAGCAUUGGAUGCCACUGUGAUUCCAUUGAACAAUGCAUGCCAAAUCAGUCCAACAAUAUUGGACUAAUAAGAAGGAAAUGAAGAGUCUUGGAAUGUCGGUCAUACGCAACCCAGGAUAAAUAUGGUGCCUGGCAACUAAACAAGGUGAUAGUAGAAACGUGGAAUUUUUCCAAAACUGUAUGUUUACAACAGUGACUACUUAGCAAUAUUCAUUAACUUUGAAAAAACUCUGCACACAGAACUGGGUGUGUUUCCACAAGUGAAGCUAAGAAUGCCUUCAAGGACUUAUCCACAUUAGCUUGGAAAAUUGCUACCAAAAUUCAAUCAUUUCUGGUUGCUGAGGGCAGGAGCUCAGCACAGUGCAUUAAAUACUAUUUAGUUGCUACACCAGUCUAGAUAAGGCUGUAUUCUUGUUCUGAAUUUCUCCCACACUGCCACUGCAAGAUGUUUUAGCUAGGAAAACAAAAUUUAACCUCUCAUCCCUUUGCUGUUGCCAUGCUUUCGUCGUGAUCCUUGUGGUUGCAUGAUUGUCACUAGCAUUUAUUGGACAGCACUGUAACAUCACUAGGAACAAAUGGCAUAAUUCCUUCCAUUAGACGUCCCUGCUUUUCUGUACUUCGUUCAUUAUUGUUAUGUAUUUACUUUUAAUUAGAGACUGCCAUGGUUGGCCUCAACCCUGACCAUCAUACGUUGAUUGUUUCUUUGUGUGCAGAGCCUACAUGUAAACUAAGUUGUACAUGCACAAACUUUAUGCACAAAGGAACCAUCAGUGUGUGAAAGGCAGGGCCUGCCCCAGCAACCCUGAUCCUAUCAGACUGGGGUGGUCAACCACAAGAACAUUAGCACAGCUCUGCUGGAUCAGGCCAAAGGUCCAUCACUGUCCAGCAUCAAGUUCUUUUCAUGAUGUCAAUGACAAUCUGCAAGAAGGAACUGGGUGCAAUAGUGGUCCCCCUCCAGUUGUGAUCCCCAGCUGCUGGAAUUCAGAGGGAUGCAGCCAUUUUUUCAUUAGACUGAAGCAAGCGGGAAGUUGUAGAAAAAAGUUGUGCUUUAUGCUCAGACAUAUGGUCUUGUAUAUGCUUCCAAAUAUUUUGCUAGAAUGGGAUCGUUUACUCAUCACUGAGGAAACAUGCUCCAACUAGUUCAUAAUGUUGCCACUUGUCUCCUGAUGGAUAUCAGGAGACAGGGAGACAUUCAGUCAAUUCUGUGAUGGCUUUGUUGGCUGUCAGUCAGUUUCAAGGCCCAACCUGAGGUGCUGAUGCUUACCUUUCAAGCUCUCCUGGGAACCACAUGCCUCAGAACCUGCCUGUCCCUCUAUCAACCCCACCUCUUUACAUUCUCCAGGUUGGGUCCUGUUCUGCGUACCUCCAUAGCUGCGGGCCUUUCAUUUCCCCUGAGAGCCUAUCCCUGAGGCGGAGGGAUGGCCCCUCUGAUGCGGCUUGGAGACACCCUUCCCAUUUAACUUCUCAAAAUGGUCUGAACCUCAAGUAGCAAAAGGGAUCCAACAGUUAUGAAAAAACAUAACGAAAAAUAUAGUACACUCUGAGAUAGAUGUUAAGAUUAUCUUUAAAUGCCCUACAGUGUUCAAGCAUUCAUCUUUCUCUAUUUGAGUCAGUGACUAGUUCUGUUAUUUGCUUGAGCAGCUGAACUGCUUCAAUCUGGUAAGAAUUUGAAUAUAUAUAUAUGGGGUUUGCCGAAAAUCGCUCACCCGCCUGACCUAUGAUGCCACUCACAUGUGUCGCAACAUCAACCUAUCAUCUGUCCCCUGACCCAAAACACAUGCCCAAUUCCCGCAGCAACAGCCAAUCAACGACUGCCUUUGCCGCAGCCAUCCAAAGCACGUCCAAUAGCCACUGACAAUCUCUGGCUCGGGGCAGCAACCAAUCCCAUGUCCCCCCAAUGCACUAUCCGUGUAUAAGACGAGCCCACAUUUUAAAACAUAAUUUUAUAAUAAAAAACCUCGUCUUAUACACCGAAAAGUACGGUAUAUAUCCAGAACAUUUUAAUCUUGCUCUUCAGCAGAAAAAGGCUGCCAGAGCAUCUUGUACUAAUCAGCGAUAAACCCCUAUCUUGAAAUCUAAAAGAUAUAGCACAAAAGGAAAACUGACUGGGUGGGAGGAAGGGAAGAAAAGCAAACUUGGGCACUAGUUCUUAGAGUUCUUAUAAUGACCAGUUUGAAUGGAAAGAUUUCUAGGAGAAGAGCGAAAUUUUUCUGGCAAUGGAAAAGCUUUCCAGUACCGUCUCUCCUUCAGCAGCCUGAUGGAAUGGCUGCUGUUAGUUGAGUGGAAGAAGGUUGAGGGAAGAGCCUGAUGGAGCAUGUCACCCUAUCCUGCAGGCAUAUGGAAUAGAUAGGACUGGUAUAACAAGAAUUGCAGUGGCAGAAAUUGUAACAUGCAUUACCACACCUAUCAUGGCAGGAUGGAAAGAGCAGGUUGGGGGGGAAAUAAAAAAUAAGAUGAUGGGAGAAGUAAUUAAUCAUAAAUAGAUGUUUUUUUUAAAUAAUGCUUCUGACAAGUGAUUUAUGUCUCGAGACAGAAAAGUGAAGGGGCAUAAUUGCAAUUCCCUAUCCCCAUCACGAAUAGGGUUCAACUGGUUACCUGCACAGGGAAUAAUACAAGUGAAAGGAGAUGCCUGUUUUUUGAAUUGAGUAAGGCUAAAGAAAGCUUGGGGCCAAACUCUGCAUUAGUAACUUCCUUCCUCUUAUGGAUGGAACCCAGUACUGUAUAUGGAGGUUUGUUGAAAGAAUCUAUUGGUGAUCUCACAGUGGUGAAGGACAAAGGAAGGAAAGGACAGCAAAGAGUUAUUUUGUACACAACCGGGGGGGGGGGGGGGAGAGAGAGAGAGCGGCCCUGUAUGCAUGGGAACACUAAAGACUGAAAACUCCGUUUCUGCAUGAGUUCCUUGAGGCUAGGUUCUCACAGCUCAGUUAAUUUGCAUAACUGCAAAAUUCUUUUGGAGCCUCUGUGGCCUACAGAAUGCUCAGAGGGUUGCCAGAUUGCAGCCUGGACAUUGACUUGAUACCUUGAAAGUCCCCACUAAAGGGGUGUGUGUGUGUGACAAAGCAGGUGUGGUUUGUUCUGUCAUUUCCCCAUCCAUUGUAUAAUCCACCUGAACCUGCCCUGCUGUUAUUGCAAUGAGCAAGUCUCCAGGUGUGUUGCGCAGCAGGUGAGAGAGCAUGCAAAGGGUCUAGGGGAAUGGCUUGGAGAAAUUGUUUCUGUUGGAGCUGCUGCUAGAUCAAUAAACCUAAGUGCAGGUCUCUGAAUGCCAUGUGGCAACUCCAAGUUGCCUUCUUUGUAGAGAUGCUUCCUACUGGCUUCACUAUGGCUCUGCCUCAGUUAAACCUGAGCUGCUCCCUAUUUGCUGUUCUUAGGGAAUUAGGGGAAUGGCUGCAGGGAAGGGGAUGUGGUGGUGGCUGCAUGGCUGCUCAACUCUUGGAGAGGUUCGGGAAAGCAGAAAAGCUGAAUGGUUUUGUAAUUAUAGCUACUUCCCUCACAGGGCUGUGAGGAUAAAAUGGGAUGGGGAGAAGGGUAUGCGUUGCCCUGAGCCCCUUGGAGGGAAUAGUGGGAUAUAAAUGUAACAACUGAAAAAAUGAAUCCCUGCCACACUCCACAUCCUGUAACUCCCAAAGUCACGAGACUGGGUCCAAGAUCAGCAUGUGGGUCUAGCAGGUUAGCUUGAAGCUGGAUUCUGUUUGCACAUCAUCCUGGUAAAAUAUUCUGAGAACAACUGGGUUAAACUACAGGUCAAAAGAUUUCAUCGCAGGUAUUUAACGUUAAUGUUAUGUUGUUUGCAAAAAAAAGGAAGAGAGCUGUGACACACUGACCAAUUCUCUUGUAACUCUUUUAUGCUCAUGGAACAUAAAGGGUAAAGGAACCCCUGACCAUUAGGUGCAGUCGUGGCUGACUCUGGGGAUGUGGCGCUCAUCUCGCUUUAUUGGCCAAGGGAGCAGGCGUACAGCUUCCGGGUCAUGUGGCCAGCAUGACUAAGCCACUUCUGGCGAACCAGAGCAGCGCACGGAAACGCUGUUUACCUUCCCGCCGGAGUGGUAUCUAUUUAUCUACUUGCACUUUGACGUGCUUUCAAACUGCUAGGUUGGCAGGAGCAGGGACCGAACAACGGGAGCUCACCCCGUCGCGGGGAUUCGAACCGCCGACCUUCUAAUCUGCAGGUCCUAGGCUCAGUGGUUUAACCCACAGCGCCACCCACGUCCCUACAUGGAACAUAAAUGUGGGGAAACCUGUGACCCUCCAGAUGUUCUUAGACUCCAGGUUGCCACAACUCACAAGCCAGCAUGUCAAAUAGUCAUGGGUUUAGGGAAUUGUCAUCCCUCAACGCUAUCUGGAGGGUCAUAGGUUGCUCAUCCCUGCUUUUGAUCCAUAUGUUUAUAUUCCAUUCUGAUAUAACUGUUCUUAUAUGCAUGUAUCCAAGGAGCAACUUUUAAAAGCCAGUCCAUCACCACAAACAAAUCAAAAUGGAUCCUGGACAGCUGGUGGUUUCAGAGUACUUCCAUAUGUUACUCCCAGCAGCAGAAGAUAUGCCAAACCAGACAUGAGGUGGGUUGGAAGAGGUGUGAGUUGCGUCUUACAGUAUCUCCAGGGAAGACCUAUUAACUAGGGUAGGAAAGAGGUGUUAACUACCAUCCCUGUUUUGAAGUGGCUGUUACUGUGCCAUCCACACUGGUGUGCCAGUCAUAGGCACUGAGCAUGGAGAUUGGCACAGUCCCAUGUGGAAUGCAAAUGUUCAACAAAUCAGCAUACUGAUCUUUUGGGAAAUCCCUUCAGGGCCUAAGCAUACUUCACAGCGGAUGGAUGUUUCCAUGGGUGAAGCUCCCUUACCUUUAUCUUCUCAUCCCCAGAUUAUCGAGAUAUGGAUCUAUGAGAAGAGACGUAACAGGAAUACUGAAGACUGCAAGAGUCUGGCAAUGUGAGACUUUAUGUCUGGCACGGCUUGAGAAGAAGGAAGUCUGGCUUCCUUUCUUAAUUACGAGAAAGCGUACAUGUACAACCAAAGAAAGCAUUUGUCAGUUACAAGCACCUACUGCCUUUCUUUUAAGCCUACAAGCAGUAAAUAGUUUCAAAACAUGAAGAACGGAAUUGUAAUUUGACAAAAGGAAGGAAAAACAAAAGGAAGAGAAAACAUUUUUUUAAAAAACACCGGUUUUGUUAAAUUUAACUCCAAAAACAUAUUUCAAACUCUUCUGAAAAUACAGAAUAAUACAACAGUUUUAAUCCUCAUUUGUGGGAUAAACCAAGGACAUGUUCACAUCAUUCCACCACUCGCUUCCUAGAAUAUAUCCCAUAAACAUUUGGUGCCACAUCUGGAACUGAAGUCACUGAUUCAAUCCCCCACUUCUAGACUAGGUUGUGGGAAAGUGUGUUUCUGAUCGGAAAGAAACUCAUUUCCUUGAAGUGAAUUCCUGAACAGGCAUUAUGCUAAGCAUUGCUUGCUUCCUUAGUUGUAGACAUAAUUAAGAGCUGCUCUUGCUGUGUAUCCCCUACUGGCAUGGAAAGGCUCUGAGCAACUAUUUAAGUGGCAGAGUCCAGCCUUCUGCUCCACCCACCCCACCCUCUCCAGCAGAUCCAUUCCAGGGACUGGGAGAACCUGCCAUUUCCACUCCCAUAAUUAAUUAUGUUUCCAGAUUAACGGAUAUUUCUUGCUGUGCAGCCUAGCAAGCUUGCCUGAACGUUGAACAAUCACAAAAAGUAAACACAAAAUGUAAACCGGGGCCCUAAAGGUUACCUUAAGCAAUUGCAACUGGAAAUUAGAAAAAUCAAGACCAAUAUGGUUUACAGGUUUAAUUACAAUGAACUAUAACAAGUUACCAAGUUAUAAAAUUAUGUGUGGCAUGGAGAAAGGGGAUAGAGAAAAGAUUUUCUCUGUCUUUCAUGACACUAGAACUUGCAGGCAUCCAAUGACGCUGAAGGUUGGAAAAUUAAGGACAGAUAAAAGACAGGACAACACCUAGUUAAACUAUGGAACUCGUUCCCUCAGGACACAGUUACGGCCACCAACUCUGAUGGUUUUAAAAUAGGAUUAGACGAAUUCAUGGAUGUGUGGGCCUAUCAAUGGCUACUAGGCAUGAUAGGUAUGUUCUACCUCCACAGUUGGGGGCAGCAAUGCUUCUGAAUAUCAGUUGCUGGGAACCACAGGAGGGGAGAGGGCUCUUCUCCUCAUGUUGUGCUCCCUGGUUUCCCAUGGGCAUUUGGUUGGCCACUGUGAGAACAGGAUACUGGACUAGAUAGGCCAUUGGUUUGAUCCAGUCUCUUUGUAUGUUCUCCUCAAAGGCACUAUGAAACAAACUGACAAAUAUGGUCAAAGGCUGCAAAAGUCACAACAAUAUUUGACAGUGGGAAGGAUCUUACAGAGCAGUCUAUACUGAGCUUAAGGUAGGGGGACACGAUUCUCCCCCCCCCCCCGAUUUAAACCCCACAAUAACUCUGUGAGGUAGAUUAGGCUAAGAGGCAGUGACUGGCCAAAUAUCACCCAGUGAGAAUUUGAACCCAAGUCCUAGUCCACUACACCACACUGGCUCUAGAGACAGCUUUGCUUAUAUAAGUACCAUCUGCUUCAGAAUUUUAACAUGGUAUAUAAGUAAAUCCAUCUUUCGUCUGAUAAUUUGGGUACAGCGAUGGGAGAAUUGUUUCACUUUUAUGAGAAACAAAUUUUGCACGGUUUCAGCUGAAAGCACAACAUUCUUUAACUAUAAAGCUCAUCCUGUCAUUCUGUAAUUAUAGCUUCAUGCUCUCCCACCACUCCCUGCUGGCCCCCUUAGUUUCUGCGUUGUAGUACAGUGUCCCACCAUAAAGCCCAAACUCCAUACCAAAUCAGGCCAAUAAAUCAGAAAUCCUAAUAAAAGGGAGGAGGACUUUAAAUGUAGCGCGUGGGUCUGACUUGCGCUUUGGUCAAUCCUGGGCAAAGUACACUUUUAUUGGGCCAACAUUGUGCAAUAAACACGGCUCCAGAGACCUUUGCCCUGCUGCUUCCCAACAGAAUUUAUGUUUUGUUUGCAUUUGGGGGUGGAGGGCAAGUGGAAAAGGUAAGGAUUGUUGUUUUAAAGUCCUUAUAUCACACCACUUAUGCUAUCUCAGAGCAAUGCUAAGAAAGACUGCUUUGCAUUAUUUUCAGAAGGACUGGUAAGAGAAAAAUCAGCUGAAAAUGUUGAGAAUAUUAUUGACUUGAAUUGUAUCGUGUUGGCUGCAACCUAAUGAGCGAGUGGAAUUGCUGAGGGUUUUGUUGCUCUUUUAGGGUACAAUUUUCCCGUUUCUGAGCCUACGGCCUUCUUCACACAUUAGGUUACUUCAGAUUUGAGUUUGCUUUCUUGAAACCUAGCAGUAAGCCCAUGAUAGGACUCAUCAGCAUAUCUUAUCCAUAUCUCAUCCGUUUCAACCUUUUUUCACAAAAAAACUUGAUAAGAACUAGCCACAUCUCAUCUCCCCCUAGCUAACUGUGAUGAAAGAGAUUCCAGUGACAAACUUUGUAUGUUCACCAGCCUAGAAUUCCAUAGGUCAGGCAUGGCCAAAUUUGGCCCUCCAGCUGUUUUGGGACUACAAUUCCCAUCAUCCCUGACCACUGGUCCUGUUAGCUAGGGAUGACGGGAGUUGUAGUCCCAAAACAGCUGGAAGGCCAAGUUUGGCCAUGCCUGCUCGGAUAAAGGACAGCCUAGAAAUGUCAAUAGUAAAAACUGCAUCCAGGUUUCUUCACAAAUGUAGAUAACUUUGCCCUUAUUUCAUUUCCACUUUCUGAGAUAAUUAAUUCAUUAGGUUGAAUCCCAGCAAUCAUUGCAUGGAAAAAAUGCCUUCUGUUCAUGCAACAAAACCUCUCCUCCCCAUGUGCCCCCUCCACCCCAAAUCUGCUCCCGAGGAUUGGGGGAACCUGUAGAGCAAGUAGAUGGGAGGAGGGUGUCCAGGGGGCAAGCAGGAGAAGACAGAGAGGAACCUCCUCUGCAAAGUCACUCAUGCAAUGACAUAACUUUUUAUUAUUAUUUUUUACAUUCCUGAUACCUCUUCAUUUGGUUGACCAUCUACAGUUUUGAUCAACGCACUCCUAGUUGCCUUUCCCAACUCACUAAAAAUAAAUUUUACUUUUAGCAAACUUUUUUGACCCAAUUCGUACAUACAUCAACGGCACCACCAAAUUCUUUCUCAUUCUUACAGUUCACUGUUGUGACCCAACAUGUUCAUAUCUGUUCAGGAUUCCAGUAAUCCCUGUGAGAUUCCUGGCAAGUUUCUUUUGAGCUAUUGAGCUGGGGUGACAUUCAGGUGGUUACUCUGAAUUCAACUGGAAGCUGUUGUAUGUCAUCAAUUAAAGAAAAGAAACUAGAUCUGAAAUAGUAUUCCGCUUGACUCAUUUGGAAGAAAAUAAAUUUGACCAAACUGUUAAAAACAAACCUGCUUAUUUCACUGAUCUUCUGAAUUUCACUGAUCUUCUGUCACAUAUCUAAUAGUUAAAGGUAAAGGACCUAUGGGUGGUUAAGUCCAGUCAAAGGUGACUGUGGGGUGCAGCACCCAUCUCGCUUCAGGCCAAGGGAGCCGGCGUUUGUCCACAGACAACUUUCUGGGUCAUGUGGCCAGCAUAACUAAACCGCUUCGGGUGCAAUGGAACACAGUGACAGAAGCCAGAGCUCACAGAAACGCCAUUUACCUUCCUGUUGCAGUGGUACCUAUUUAUCCACUUGCAGUAGUGUGCUUUCGAACUGCUAGGUUAGCAUAAGCUGGGACAGAGCAAUGGGAGUGGGCGUAGGGCCCCCCCCCCCGUUCGUUACCUUUGUCCUGAAUGGUACCAUAGCCUAGAAUCUAAGAGAGACUGCAAUUUUCCUUGUACUGAUACAGUGACAGAUUGAAGAAAGGUGGCAUGUCCAGAAAUUAAUGUUCAUGCUGUUUUUGUAGGGCUGUUAAGACAACACUGUCCAGAAGGAAAGUACCGCAUGCAUGUGGAUGAAAAAUGUAAAACAAACAAAUAA